AUGGCUUCGAUCCGGGAGGUGGUGGACGAGAAGCGCGAGGAGUUCCGUCAGUACCUGGAGCGCGGCAACGUCAUGAUGUCGGUGACGAGAGCGCUUGUCUCGCUCUACGACGAGUACGAGAAACCUGAAGAUCCCGUGGAGUACGUGCGCAAAGCCCUGGGCGACGUCCGGCCCACAGCCGCUGAGAUGGAGAGCGUGCGCGAACGCCUCAAGGAAACCGAGUCGAUACUGGAGGAACUGCGCCAGAGGAAUGACGUGCUCCGAGGCCAGCUGCUGAAGCUCGACCCAGACAGCGAGCUGCUGGCUCAUCCGAGGGCCGGGGACGACCUGCUAGAUGCAGACGCCGUCGCCGCCUACCACAGUGCCCACGACGAGGUCGUACUGGCGCCUCCUCCCACGCCGACGGUUAUACACUGA